GUUUCGUCGAGCCUCCUGAGCUGCGAGACUAUUUUUUGAUAUUCGAGUCGCAGGUGCAUCUUCACCUUCAUUCUGCAGAGAUGUCAGAGAUCUAACUCAAUCAAGGACUGGAGACCACCAGCAACCAGCAAAAAUAAAAAUAAAACAAAAAAACUGAAGAAGGCAAAGGAAGCUCUCAGACGAGGGAGAUCGUUUUGCAUCAAGUUAAAGCUGCUGGUUAAAAAAUGGAAUCAAUCCCUGUCGACAUGGACAAAAAUGCAGAGGAACUCACAGGAAGGAAGAAGUCUCGUUUUAAGCAGCUGAAGACUCGUCUGUUCGGGAAAUUGAAGAAGAAGGAAAGCGAAGGGCUGAUCAAGCAGAGUCAGUCCACUAGUGACAUCACUGCUCCAGACGGCAGAAGAGAAGGUGACGACUCUGAAGAUGAGUUCACGUAUCCGCAGGGUCUGAGCCCUAGAGCACUGUCUCACGAUAGCAUCUUCUUCACGGAUCAAACCCAGACCACGGAACCCACACGAGUUCUUUCACAGGAGAACGUUCACGGCAAAAUUAAAGCCUUACAAUUAAAAUUACAGCAGCAGAACUUACAUCUGGGUCCUCCCCCAAUGCUGAUUCCUGGAAAGCGCACAGAGGACUCGGGAGCCACUUCUGAAGAUGACGGUUUACCUUGCAGCCCACCUGAAACCUACUUGUAUGAGCGAGUGAUGCAUGGAGCCGCUUACAAGUAUCCCGAACCUCGGAAACAUCUGAGCUCUCUGAGUUUAGCAGGAACAGGAAGUGAAGAAGAGGAACAGGGUGAUCCUUUCCAGUCCUCAUCCAGGCCACUCUCUCCAGUCUAUAAGCCAUCCUUUCAGCCAAUCAUCUGCUCCGGCUCAGCAUUGGCCACGCCCACUGCAGGUGCUGACUUCAGUAGUCCUGCAUCUUACACACCCACACUGGAUAACUCCGCUGCCCGCCAUCGCAUGUCCGUCAAACCGAGAAACCAGCGUGCCAGUACAAGGGGAAACAGAGGGCCUACGGUAUCCAUUUCUCCCAGGCAACGUUCAGAAAGCAUCAGUGAUUUGGACAGCAUACUGUCUGAGAAAGAUGAUGAUGAUGCUGAUGAUGAUGAUGAUGGAAUUAUGACAUCCACAGUGACUGUGCAUCAUCUUUCACACUCCCCUCCAACUUUGGAGAUAAAAGAAGAGACCACUAUUCCAGGAGCUCCAGAAACAUCAGUGCAGAUCCAGGAGGAGAAGGAGGAGAAGCUCAGCAAACCUCUGGAUGUUGAAAUCCUAAAAUCAGAAGAGUCUCUCGAACCUGAAGGCAAACUCACUAUGAAUCCUCUGUAUUUGCAGCCAAUGACUUUCGGUUCAGGUCCACCGUCACCUUCAGGACUUCCAGAAUUGAGUUUAAGAGAAGCAGAGUCAUUCAUUCAGAAAGACGAUAUGAAUGAUAUCCAGAUUGUUGCAAAGGAAAGCAUGAAAGAGGAACCAUCAUUUAGGUUUCAUCCAGUGCCUUUACCUCGAACCAAAAAGCCAAAAGUGGAUCCUCCAUCUCCAAAAGCAUCCGCCGAAUCAGUAUCGCUACAAUUUUUGCUAGCAUCUGCUAAAAAUCGAUCCAGAACAAUCAGCGACACAAAGCAGAAUGAAGGAGAUCUUAACAUGAAGACGCAAUCUAUUAACUCCAACCUAGAGGUGCUUAAAGAUGAAGAAAAAGAGACAAAACCACUGGAGAAUCUUCUCUAUCGAACGCAAGAUACAAAGAGCAUUCGUAGAGAAGCUCCGGCACCUGCUGUCAUGUCCAAACCAGCAGGAGCUAAUGUUAAAAAGAGCGAUUUGUCUGCAGAAAACGUGGAAAGCGAAAAGCUAGAGGAACCCGAGGAGCGGCGGAUUGCUUUCGGGGUGCAUCUCCGCACAACCUCUCUGUCGCUGAAAUAUCGCUCUGAGGUGUCCAGGAUGAAGGAUGAAACCAAACGUUACAGUUUAGAGUCUAAUACAGCGCUGGCGACCUCAGAAGAGCAUGCUGGGAAAGCUGAGGUGUUUAGGGGUACAUGUGACAGUAGUUUUAGGAGUAAACCCAAAAAACAAGAUGCACAGAGUCUGGAGACUCAGCUCGCUACACAAGACUAUGGAAGAUCGUCCAUCCAAAAUACAACCGGGACAAGUAAAGAGGCCGAGCCAGACUGGAUGAGUCUCGCCAGGGAGAAAACAAGAGCGUACCAGCCUUUAAUGAGCAGAUUCUCCACGAACCAGUCAUCAGUUCAACCUUCUGUACAGCCUCCGAAACCGGCCUUACAGCCUAAAACACUGACACUGACCACCACCGCGCUUCAGCCACUGAAAACACAGCCAAUCCAGACCAGCAGCCAACAGAGCGUACACAAACCUGCUGUUAAACCAACACCUGCUGGAACAAAAGACAAGCCGGACAACAGUAGGAACAAUACAACCGAAGAUGACACAACAAAGAGAGCAGCGACUAUCAGUAAGAUGGACCCCAAUGCAAGACCCGUCCCACCUAACAACAACAACACAGAAGCUCCUACCAUCCCAUCUGAGCCUCCAGCAUCAUCAUCAUCGCCAUCAUCUUCAUCUCCAGCAGACGUCUCUGGAGCUCAGCCGUCCUGGAUGGAGCUCGCCAAGAGAAAGUCUUUAGCAUGGAGCGACAAAAAAACUCUAGAAUGAAGAAGAGACAAACAAUUAGAGACUGAUGAAGUUGUGCAAUAUUAAUGUUACAGGGAAUGAAUGAUGUGCAUGUGUGUAUGUGUGUGUUAACAUGACUGAAUGUGUAUGAUUGAGUUACACAGUUCAUCACUUGUUUGCUAAUAGAUUUUUUUUAAUUCUCAUUUUUGUGUGUUGGUAAAAUUUUACUUCACACAAAUGUGUGUAUUACCCUGGACCACAAACGCAGUCUUAUGUUACACUGGUAAAUUACUAAAAUACACAAAAAUACAUAGUAUGGGUCAAAAUUGCUCUUUUAUGACAAAAAUCUAAUCAUAAAGAUUCUGUUCCAUGACAAAUUUUUGCACAUUUACUUCUGUAAACAUAUCAAAACUCAUUUUUGAUCAGUAAUGUGCAUUUCUAAGCUCUUCAUUUGGACUUUAAUGGUGAUUUUCUCAGUAUUUAGGGUUUCUGAACCCUCAAAUUUUAGAUUUUCGUAUAGGGAAUAUCUCAGUCAAAUAACAUCCUGUCUUCACAAAGUGUACGUCAGUGGAAAGGUUAUUUAUUCAUCUUGUCAUGUAUGAAUCUCAAAACUUACGAUUGGUUUUGUGGUCCAGGUGGUCACAUCAUAACAAAAACUACUGAUCAAGCCUUAUAUGUAUACUUACUGUAUGACCAGAAGAACACAUAUUUACAGUUAUUCAGCAAUUUUAUACAGUAGUAUAUUGUUACAACAAAACAGCUGACUCUUGAUACAGUAAUAAUAAACUAUGAAGUUUCA